AUGAACUUUGUUAGGAAAGGUUGGUUUUUUGAUUGUUUUGAAAUUUAUUUUGAUGAUGAAAAGUUUGAGUAACGCGCAAAAGACGUGCUCCGGACGUUUCUGGGCGAUUCUAGGGAUCACUUAAGAGUUCUGAGGCUACUUAAGUGGUCACUAGAAAUGCCCAGACACGUCCGCUUCGCAUAACCAAGGUCCGAGAGGUUUUUUUAAAAAUUUUUUUAAAGACCUAAAAUCUACGGAAAAAUUGUUCUUCAUUUUUUUAUCGGUUUUUUUCGAAUAAACUGGGCUUUGAAAUUUUGCGAGCUUUUUUUUGAAUGUCUUAGUUCCAUAAACAACGACAAAAAAAUUUCCCUACUCAAAAAAUUACCCCUUAAGUGGUUGUUCCAGUGUUUUCAGAUUUGAUUGCGUAAAAAAAAAAAAAACGAUUUUUUUCAUCUUCAUGUUCAAUAAAGACGACAGUAAAAAUUAUUUUUUUCGAAAUUUUGAAAGAGUUAUAUUUCUGGGAAAAUUUUUAGUGGCCACUAUAGAGGCUUGCCAAGGACUACUUGUAGGGGGCACUAAAGUGGCCACUAAACCCACCUCUACAGUGGCCACUAUUUUCCGUUUUAAUGGCCACUAUAGAGGUUAUCUACUUAGUGGCCACUUCAGUAGUUUUUCAUCCAGUAUUCUUUCCAGUAACUCUGAUAAUUUUAAAACAAACAGAUUGGACCAGUUAUGAUGAUCCAUUGACCCCUAAAGUGGCCACUAAAAUUUUUGGUGGUCUAGUAGUAGCACUGAGACCUCUAUAGUGGCCACUAAACAUUUUCUUGUUGUUCGAAAAUUUCGGUUUCCAGAAAUUUUCGAUUUUGAUUGUAUAAUUAAUGACGUCAUUAAUAGUAUUUUGACCGAGUAAAAAGGAAAGUCAAAAAAUCGACAUUUUUUAAUCUUCUUGAAGAAAUUCAUGAGAGUUAAUUUCCUUUUUUUUCCCUUUUUUAUAAUUUAAUCUCUCUUUUCCAUAAUUAAAUUGGGAUGUUUCUGACGUCAACUUUAUUAUUGAUGAUGUCAUCCGAAGUUUAAUAAUGACGUCAUUUUGAAAGAGAAACAUCUAAGCAUGUUCUUAUCACGCGCCAAGCUUCGAAUAAUUAUUUCUGUGCUCCGAAACCUUUUCGAAAAAGGUAACUGGUUUUUUUUUUUGACAAGAGAAACAAGGACUAUACCCACAAAAAAACAGCUCAAUGGGACACUGAAAUUUUUAAGUUUUGAGGGUCCAUAACUUUUUUCACAGACUUAUAUGACAGCUUUUGAGACCGGAUUUGGAAUCAGCAUGAAAAAUUACAUUUAGCAAACCUGGUCUAAUUCAAAAGUCUCACUGCGAAUGGAGACCAUUCCCUAGUAAGCUGAAAACCUAUCCCCAUUUGUUUUAGUUGGAAGAUUUUCAUUUUUAACUUUUUUCAGGAUAUCAUUUUUUAACAGUUUAUAGUCAGGAUUGACAUCUUUAAUCUAGAUAAUCAUUUUUAAAUUAAUGAAAUCUAUUCUUCGUGCUUCUGAACAUUAAAAUUAGGUGUCCUCUUUUCAAAAAAAAGUUCUGAAACGGGAAACUUCUAUUAAAACUUCACGCGAUUUUUUUUUAUUUGAACAAAAUUUUUGAUAAUAAAUUUUAGUCGCCUUUUCAAAUAACUCCUUCAUUUUUUCAGGUCUUUCUUUUGUAUGUUCCAACUUUUCCAUCACCCUCCGAAUUUCCAUCGCCUCGGCCCUCAUUUACUUUUUCUCGAUGCAGUUUUUCAACCCGAAAUUGUUGGCCCCCCUUGAACAGGUAAUUUUUUGAUUCCACCUUGAAAUCAACUGAUUUUUAGAUUUAUUUCGAUUCCUGGCUAUCUUCCCCAGUGUUUGGGGCCAGCGAGUUGAGGAAAAUCAGGAAAAUGCAGAAAUUCUGGGGUCCGCACCAGAAUCCGGCCCUGGCGGUUGCUUUUACUGUGUCUUUGGCUGUGCUUUUCAAGUUCGUUUUUUUUUAGAAUGGAUAAUUAGUGGAAGAAAGCUUGAAUUGUUAUUCUCCGUUCGUACGUCGGCUAUAUCCCACCGCGAGGUUCGGGCUACCCCCUCCCCCCUCAAAUUUUGGCCCACUCCAAAAAAAGUGCAGGUGGGGUAUGUCUCCAACAUAUCAGUUUCACUAUUUCUUGAAAAAUAUUUCGUCUGAUUAAAAUCUUGAUUAAUUGUGUUUAUUAGUGCUGCAUGGAGGAUGUUCUGAUCGAUUUAAAAAGCGAAAAAAAAAGAGAUUUUUUUUUAUCAAAUUAGUUAGUUUAUCCUUGAAACAGUGCUUUUUGGAAAAAGUUCAGAAAAAAACAGAAAUUUCUAAAAAAAUUUCUCCAUAGAGCGCACUUGGUCUCCAAACAAGGCUCCAAACAUUUCUUGAAUUAAUUCUUACAGAACGUCAAAUUUUGAUUCCAAAACAUGGAGUGCAAUAGAAAAAAAGGGGCGUUUGAAAAAAAUCAAUUAAAUAAAAAAAGUUAAAUUAUUAAUUUUUCAGAACGAUGUCAAUGGAAAACGUCCUGUCAGCCCUCAACUGGAAACCUUCAACAACCAAGCAAAAAGUUGAUCAACUACAGUACCCCUCUGAUUUUUCGCUUCAAUACCCUACAUCUUCCUCUUCCCGAUGCAAAGAAUCGCCGAAAUGCACGUUUUUCGUCCUCGCCAUGAACGCUUUCCAUGUCAUUGUAGCUUCUUAUCUCGUUUAUUUCGCCUUGAAUUUUGAAUUCCCCGCGAUUUUCAGGAGAAAUGUCGAGAAAGAAAAAGUUAAUUGA